GGCAGGAGCUCAGAAGCUAGCCGAUGGCUAGCUAGCAAUUUAUCACAAAAUGACAACGUUUUCGCUAGCCGAGAGCAUGUUAUAGGAUCCAAAUAAACGUACACGUGAAAUUAAAAUACUUGUGUGAGUGAUUACGGAUGGGUGGGUAGCCGUGGGUAAUUUUCGCCCAUUUGAAUGCACCGCAAACCCAAUUUUCUUCCGGCCCUUAGAGCCACAGCACCCGAACAAGAGAGCAUCCGAGCACCGUUUGCGGAUGUGAAGAAUGGACCCAGGUUAAUGUUAUUUGGGGGAGUAACCGGCAGCUAACCUACGGCAGACUUGCAUUCCUCGGGGAUACGAACAGGUUUUACUGGACGUACCAGGCCGCAGAUGACGUGAAAGACCAGGAUGGUCUGAGUCUGAUAGCCACGCAGCCGUGCUCAUCUGCAUUACGCUGAAUUCUAUGUCACAGCCCCUUCAUCAAGCACCCACGCCAGUUCUUCUCGCCACUUGCUAUAAUGGAUUGGGCCACACCAGCUGCCAAACUGAAUCCCUACACCCGGGCCCGCAUGUCAGAGGGCUGGCAGCAGCAUGCGGCCGCUCCACCUCCGGUCGUCCACACCAUCCCCCCGGGGGCAGAGAGCGCCCUCGGCUGUGCAGUGUAUGGCAUUGUGCUGCAGCAGGACGCCACGUCUUUGCAGCAGCAGGCCCAGCAUGGGCAGCACAGCCAGCAACACGGCGGGACUCCGCAGCACGGAGGCGGGCAGCAUGGUCAGCAGCAGCACCCCGCCCAGGCCCAGCAGCCCUCCCUGCAGGUAGGGGCAGAGGGAGGACACAAGUGCGGGGCCUGUGGACACGACAUCUCCCACCUGGCCAACCCGCACGAGCACCAGUGCGUGGUGAACCAGGACAGGUCGUUCCAGUGCACCCAGUGCAUGAAGAUCUUCCACCAGGCGACGGACUUGCUGGAACACCAGUGCGUUCAGGUGGAGCAGAAGCCAUUUGUGUGUGGGGUGUGUAAGAUGGGCUUCUCCCUGCUCACCUCCUUAGCCCAUCACCACACGUCCCACAACAGCACCAACCCGAUGAAGUGUUCGAUAUGCGAGAAGACCUACCGGCCGGGCUCCUCCGGCAACGUCACGCCCAACUCCACUAACGCCCAGCAGCCCACCAGCGACGGGGCGUCGGUGAGCAGCAGCUUGUCCAUCCUGCCCUUCCCGUCGUCGCGGGACCGGCCGUACAAAUGCUCCGUCUGCCAGAAGGGCUUCAGGCACCUGUCGGAACUCACGCGGCACGAGCGGGUGCACACGGGGGAGAAGCCCUUCAAGUGCGACACGUGCGACAAGGCCUUCAGCCAGUCGUCCCACCUGCAGCACCACCAGCGGACUCACAGCAGCGAGCGCCCGUUCAAGUGUGCCGUAUGCGAGAAGAGCUUCAAGCAUCGCUCCCACCUGGUGCGCCACAUGUACGUGCACUCGGGCGAGCACCUGUUCAAGUGCAACCUGUGCGAGUUGCACUUCAAGGAGUCGUCCGAGCUCCUCCAUCACCCCUGCCACCCGCAGGGCUCCCGCCCAUUCCGCUGCGCGGCGUGCGGCAAGGGCUUCAAGCGGCCGUCGGACCUCCGGCAGCACGAGCGCACGCACUCGGAGGAGCGGCCCUUCCACUGCGACGAGUGCCAGAUGAGCUUCAAGCAGCAGUACGCGCUGGUGCGCCACCGCCGCACGCACAAGGACCCGGGCGACCGGCCGUUCAAAUGCAACUUGUGCGACAAGGGCUUCAUGCAGCCCUCGCACCUCCUCUACCACCAGCACGUCCACGGCAUGGACAACCUGUUCAAGUGCGCCUCGUGCCAGAAGGAGUUCAGCCAGUCGGGGGAGCUGCUCCGGCACAAGUGCGGCGAGCCGUCCAACUCGUCGCCGGACAAGCCCUACAAGUGCGACGUUUGUGGCAAGGGCUACAAGAAGAGCUCCACGCUGCAGCGUCACCAGAACUCCCACUGCCAGGAGAAGCCCCUGAAGUGCUCGCUGUGCGACCGCCGCUUCCUCUCCUCCUCGGAGUUCGUCCAGCACCGCUGCGACCCGUCGCGGGAAAAGCCGCUGAAGUGCCCCGAAUGCGAGAAGCGCUUCAAGUACUCGUCGGACUUGAACCGCCACCGGCGGGUGCACACGGGGGAGAAGCCGUACAAAUGCGACCACUGCAACAAGGGCUUCAAGCAGCGCGAGCACAUGACCAAACACCAGAACACGCACUCCAGGGAGGGCCAGUUCAAGUGCGUUUGGUGCGGCGAGCGUUUCAGCGACUUGGGCUCUUUGCAGGAUCACACGGUGCAGCACACCGCCGAAGGAGGGGACUACCCGGUGCCCCAGUGCUUAUAAAUGCUUUUAAAGACUUUGGAACAGACAGUCGCCCCUAACCUCCUGUCCUCUUGUCCAUCCGUUGUAGGCUGUUCUCAUUGCCUUCAGUCACACCAGGUGAACAUCACAUUGUUGUUGCUUUGCUAAGCUGCCCUGAGCAUUUAAGUACUGUGACCAUGUCAUUCCCGAGCACCCGGAGCUACACUUUGCCUUUUCUUUUCCUGCUUAUUUCCGCCUCUCGUUUUAUUUUAAUUUUUCUCAACCGGAGCAAGUACGUUUAAAGGUGUACUUAAUGAAUCCGUAUCCAUCUUAGCUGACUCGGACAGGGACUGUCUUUGCUGCUACAGGGGUUCUUUCCUUGUUUUUCUUGACUCCCUCUUCAUGCCUGAUGACAUUGCUUGUCCUGUCCCUCUCUUGUUCUUCCUCUCACUUUUACUUUGUUUUGCUUGCUCCCCCUCCUCCUGUCGCUGUCAGCGGUGGUUUUGACUAAACCCCUCAGACACACACGUACUCACAUUCGUUAAAUCAGGUUCCUCCCCUGUCUCACCCGUCAAUAUAGACAAAUAUUAAAGAAAAUAUAUAAAUAUAUCUACUUCAAACAGAUAUAAUGGGCAUAUCCCUGCAUGUGCCAAUGCUGCUGUUAAUUUGUUUUGAAUGUGUCCAAUUUGGAACAUUACAGUCCAUCUCUCAACCUGUACAUAGUGUGCGUGCGUGCGUGCCCGUAUAUAUAGUCAAAGGUGUUUCUUAAAAUCAUGUGAGAACCGUUUUUGUAUUCUUGCAAUUUUCAACCACGUAAAAUGUUUUUGACAGAUGUCCUUAUUUUUGAGUAGUUCAUGUAAUGAUUGUAUCUGUCUGUUGCAGGGAAUCUCAAAGAGCAACGUGUGUGUGUGAGAAAAUUCUUAUUGUGUCAAACAGGGAACUUUAGACUGUAGAGAAUUGCAUUAGAAAUGUUUACGCAGACCUGCGUCCCUUUUUUAUACAUUUUCUUUGUUUUUCAUUCAGCUGUUUUUGCAGAAAGAGCCUGUGUUCAAAGUUUCAGAUUUUUAAAAGGAAUACAAACAAUGUUUCUCCUGUUUCGUGCUGAGCUCCACUCUGUCACAACGGGCCUUCAUUGGGUUUUUCUACCGGAGAGAAUGAACUCCUUCUGAAUGCUAUGAGAUUGUAGUUGCGCUUGAGGAGCCAAGCGGACACAUUGGUUCACGUGAUCGUGGUUCCUUUGGGUGCCGCAUUGAAUACAAAUGAAGGAGGCCAAGGGGACUGUAGUGUUUCCUUUUUAUUCGGGCACUCACUUUUCGUUUUGUCUUUAGCCUUAAACACUUUCCCUCUUUCUCCUCUUUUGCUUUCUGUCCCUGUCCGUCAUCAUACGAGGUCAGGUGGUCACUCUCAUUGGACACCAUAUUUUUUUUCUGAACCUGGCAUUGUGAAACUGAGAACAACUUAAGGAAGUACUGUUUUUUUAUGCUUUCUCAUUUGUUUGUAUUCUUUUUGUUAUUAAUCUAUCAAUUUGUAUGAAAAUGUGUAUUCGGAGGAGAGACCAGGGCCCCGCUGAGGAAGGGAAGAUGAGCUUGUUUUUUAUUUUGAACAUCUUGUUGCUCAGCUUCUAUGAUUGUUUUGUUUUUUCCAAAGCCAAAUCACAGUCCAAACAUGAAUUCCUUAGUGGUAGUGUAAAUGUGUAACCAUACAACACACAUAAGGAAUCAAUAAGGCUGGUUUCAUAUUUUCCAAAAAAUACAAGUGCCCAAGAACUUGACGUCACCCGAUGUGCACGAUAAUAGCAAAGAUAAUUGCUCAUGCAGCAACGUUAACGGACAGUGAGGAACACGGCAAAGCAUCUCCAUCAAUCCCAGGCUUUGAUCAGUCAGGGAAAGCAGAGGAACGUCUUCUGUAUAAGCACAAAUAAAAAUAUUGUCUCUGACCUUCCCAGUUCCAUUGCAUAACCCCGUCAGACCCUGGUGUCUCCAGCUCUCUGCAUGCUUGCUGUGUUAGAUCCUGUGUUCUGUCCCUGGGAGCUGGUGCCUCCUCCUCCUCCUCCUCCUCGUCCCUUCCCAAGCCUUUUUUUCAAAUUGUACUGUAGUCCAUGUGAAUGAUGUUAGGAGAGGAAAGAAAAAGAGACGUGGUGCCGUACAGUAUGUCUACAUUCAUGCUGAGAUUAUCUGUAUGUAUGUAGCAUUUGAUUACACAGCACUAACAAAUAAAACUUUUUUUCAUCUAUAAA